UGACUGGAAACCAAAGUAAAGUAAACGGGGGAGGGUCGGCUACCAGGGGGGAGCUCUCGGCGAGUUACAAUGCGUCUUUCACGGUGCUGAACGGGUCCUCGAAGAGCCAUGAGCCAACUUCGCCGGUCGCCUGGAAGCGGAGCGAGCCACUCUUGAGCCCCGAAGACGAGUCCGUUGCAGGCAGUGGGGAGAGAAGCGAGCAUGAAGAAGCCGAGCGCCCCGCUCCCUGCUGUCGGCUUCACUGGGAAAUGGUAGCGUGCUGUGGGAACCGCACUGGGAAGGAUCAUGGUCGAGAGGAGCAGCAAAUUCUUGUUGAUCGUCGUCGGAUCCGUGUGUUUUAUGCUGAUUCUCUAUCAGUACGUGGCCCCCGGGGUGAUCAAUUUCGGCUCCCCGCACGGUUAUUUCACGGAAGAAGACGAGGGGGACAUCUUCCCCACUCCGGACCCCCACUACGUGAAGAAAUACUACUUCCCCGUCAGGGACCUGGAGAGGACGAUCGAUUUCCAAAUUAAAGGCGAGGACGUGAUCGUGUUUUUGCACAUCCAGAAGACCGGGGGGACUACCUUCGGCAGGCACCUGGUCCAGAAUGUCCGCCUGGAGGUCCCCUGCGACUGCAGACCGGGCCAGAAGAAGUGUACCUGCUACCGGCCGAACCGCAAGGAGACCUGGCUCUUCUCCCGGUUCUCCACCGGCUGGAGCUGCGGCUUGCACGCCGACUGGACCGAGCUCACCAACUGUGUGCCGGGGGUCCUCAACAAGAAGGAGAACAAGCAGAAGAACCUGAGGAAGUUCUACUACAUUACUCUGCUGAGGGACCCUGUGUCUCGCUACCUCAGCGAGUGGAGGCACGUGCAGCGGGGAGCCACGUGGAAAACCUCCCUGCACAUGUGCGAUGGACGAACCCCAACGCCGGAGGAGCUGCCCUCCUGCUACGAGGGGUCCGACUGGUCGGGCUGCACCCUGCAGCAGUUCAUGGACUGUCCCUACAACCUGGCUAACAACAGACAGGUUCGUAUGUUAGCGGACCUGAGCCUGGUCGGCUGCUACAACAUGUCCACGGUUCCAGAGAAGAAGAGAGCCCAGCUUCUCCUGGAGUCAGCCAAGAAGAACCUGCGAGACAUGGCCUUCUUCGGUCUGACGGAGUACCAGAGGAAAACCCAGUUCCUCUUUGAACGAACCUUCAGGUUGCGCUUCAUCAGGCCUUUCAUGCAGUACAACAGCACCCGGGCUGCAGGCGUGGACCUGGACAACGCCACGGUCCAGCGCAUAGAGGAGCUGAACGAGCUGGACAUGGAGUUGUACGACUACGCCAAGGACCUGUUCCAGCAGCGCUACCAGUACACCAGGCAGCAGGAGAGGCGGCAGCAGCGCAUCAAGAACCACAUGCGGCAGAACCGCCUGGGCGUCAGCCUGUGGCCCUCCCGCAGCUGGCAGAACCUGGUGGGGACACUGGAGGACGGAGAGGGGGAGAGGGAGGAGCGGGAGGAGGGAGAGGAGGGAGGCAGAACGGAGGAGGCGGGCAGCAGGCUCCCCACUGAGGACUACAUGAACCAGAUCAUCAACCGCUGGUAGCAGCAGAAUGAGAACAAACAGACAUGCAUAUGUAAUGUGAAACACAUAUACACACACACACACACACACACACACACACACACUUACAUUCACAGAAAGUGGCUCCUGCUUCAAAGACCCAAAUGACUGACAAACAGACUUUAUCAGAGAGUCGGGCUGCGAGAAUCAGAGUCCAAGUAGGUUGCUAUGGAAACCUGAGCUUGGUCGAUUGCAUCAGCUCACAUUAUUGAGGUUUGCCCAGUUGUUAUUAGCGCCUGCUUGCCCUUUCCCUCCCUCUGCGUUUCUUUGUCUCUCCCAUCAUCAUUACUGACUGAGCAGAGGAGAGAUAUUUUUAAAAGUUGCUGACAACAGAGUAUCUCAACAACCUCGCCCGCCUCCGCUGCGCCUCCUGUAUUCCUCUCGUUCUCUGUGGCCUGAUAUGGAGCAUGAGAGAAUGAAAUCAAGUCUGUGAAUUCCCACUAAUCCUCGCAAAAAAAACAAAAAAAAAAAACAUGGAAAAAAAAGGACCAGUCUACUUCCUGGAUGCUCCGAUUUCAAAGGAACUGGGGAAGCUAUGAAAGUAUGCUGAUGGCUGGGCUGAACAAAGAACAUGGUGGGAGUACAUUAAAAGACUGUACUACAAAGAAAGAAAGCGAGAAAAAGAUGGACACAGUUGUGUAAUAAAAGCUUUCUGCUUACAAAAAAAAAAAAAUCAGCCAUUUCACCCAUGAACACGCUUUGGUCAUGAGAUAGUGACAGUCUCAUUCUCAUUUUAGGAUGAUUUCAUUUGUAUUUUCCUUUUGUGUUUAUGCUUUUUUAAAAGCAGAAUUGUAAUAACACUGAGACCAAUAUUGCUGCCUAAAGAAAAGUGAUUCCUUUAUUUCUUUAUUUUUAUUUGUUUUUUUAAGUCAAAGCUAAUGGAUUGGAUUGACGUACAAUGGACCAUAGCCAUUACUGAAGCCUUGCUUCGUGGGGGAGAAAAGUGGCCUGUUUUUCUGUUAAAGGUUCCCAAAGCUCCUGUCGCUUAACAAGUUCAUUAUUUCUCCUUUUCUCUCCCUUUUUUUGGGAUUUCAAUCCUGCGGAGAAUGACAGCCAAUUACAGAGCCGAAUCUCACAUAGGUGCGAAGAAAUCAAAGGCAGGGAGAGGAGGGAGACGAGUGAGUCUGCUGUAGGUUGUUGCCAGGAACUGUGGUGCGUGAGCGGCAAGCGCUUUGGAAGCCUUAACGCAGACAAAUGCUUGAGAUGGGAGCUGUGGAACUACUGGUCACCAUGGCAAUGUGGGCUCUUAAUGUAGUGGGUGGCAUUUUCAGUUUCUCGAUUUGUCUUUUCCUUUCCUUUUCUUUUUCUUUUUUUUUUUUUCUUUCCCUGACUGUGUUGUAAAAACGGCAGUCUCAAACAAGCCUCCGUCCCACCCGCUGUAAGGGCUCGCACGCCGCUGGUGACCCGUAGUUCGUUAGUCUGAGCUACAUUUUAGUCGGUUUUACCCUGAAGAACGGACAGGGCGAGGUAGCAGUGCCUCUAUGUACUGGGAUCAUAGUCAACAUAAUUAUUGCCAGAUAUUAUGUCUGCAUUAUACUACAGUAAUUUCUCUGACUACUCGUGAGUCUGUGUGUGUGUGUGUGUGUGUGUGUGAGUGUGUUUCUGUGUGUGUGUAAAUAGUAUGUACAGUAUGCCUUUGAUUGGCGUAUGUGUAUGCCUUUGUAAAUAGUGUGCCUGACUGACAGAGGAUGUCUGCUGAGUUUUGUGAAUGACUGGUUUCAUGACCAAUUAUCUUGCCAUUUUAUUUUUUUAUUUUAAUUUUUUUUUUUUUUUUGGUGGUGGAGGGCAGCGCAACAAAGUCCCUCCAACAGAGUGUGACCAGCAAAGUGAUGCAAGCCAAUAAUACUCCCCCUGUCCUGUUGUGUCCUUAACCCCUUUCCUUUCUCCCUUUUUCUUGUCUCCUUCCCAUGAAGCGGUUUAAAGAUUGUGUCACUAAAGUUACCUAAAAAUUGUAAUUUGCAUUGAAAAAAAAUCCACCUUUUAUGACAUGUUUUCACCAUUAACGGCAGAACCUAUGAGUAACGUUGGCAGGUUCCAUUUGUUUUUAUUCAGUCUUGACCUUGACACUCUGUACAUUAGUCUGUGUUUCAGCCAUGUGUUGCUCCCUACUCAAACCUUAGGAGGAAAUCCAAACUGUAUUUUUUUUAUCCAGCAGCCGGCCACAUCUUUAAAGGUGUUUCCCUGAUCCCACAGGGCUCAGCUGUUUGCACGGGGCAAAACCAAAGUAUUUCCCCAGACUGUGCUGGAUACUGGCGCAGCUUGGGCAGCUCACUUAUCAUACGGUUGCGAAAUAGAGGAAGUCUGACUAAAGAUUUGAUUUAAACGCUGCUUUAGCCCCAGCUGAACAAUUUGAUAUAAAGUAAAAUAUUGAGGCGUUACAAAAAUAACGUAUCAACAAAUAACAUUUACAUUUCUCUCCUUUAGGUUUGUGUAGGGAACACUGUUUUAUAAAUCACAGAGCUGGCUUUCUGCUGGCUCAGAAUGGGCCUCUGGGGAGUGACUGUGCACCACAAUAAGCAUGAUCAGUCUUCAUGCAGUGCAGGCAAUGAGUCUGUGUUGCCUUAUUUGAGAGAAAUCUGUGUGUUCCUGUUAUUUCUGACAAUUUUGAUAAACAGAAAUGUCUGUUAUGCUUGACUAAAUGCAACCCCUUUUAACAAAAAUGGUUAUAAAUUAUAGAUUUUUUUAAAAAAUGUCUUUUUAUUUCGAUGGUUUUGUUUUGUCCGUGUCUGAAAUCUAGUUUUGCCGGAAAAACAGUGAUGUACUGAGUGACAAGGUCUCAGAUGGGGCUAUAAUGGCGGCAAUUUAAGUCAACUGUUGCCAAGUCCAUAACAGCUAAAAUAUAACUUUUAGCAUUUGUCCUUAUUUUGACGAUUGUUUUUUUUAAAGAAAAGAAAUCACCACCGUACAACUACAAGUGGACUUACCUGCUUAGCCGAACGCAUCCCAUUAAUUUCAUCUUUCAGUCACACGAUCAAUAUUUUAAGGCGAUCAAAUUAAUAAGCUUGAGGUUAUGAAAUAAAGGUGUAAAAGUAAGCUACAUCUGCUCAUUGUCGGAUAUAUUUAGUGUUCUAUUUUAGGCGAUGACGGAUCUUUUAGCUGUUUUUAAAAGCUACUUGCAAAUUGUAAAAACUCAUUUUAAUUGGAUGAGGUAUUUCAAUGGAUCGAUACUGGAUUCCGGUUCGAUCAAACCCCCCCCCAACCCUAAUCUACAAGCGAAGAGCAAUAAGAAGAGAACACCAAUGAGCAGGUGAAGAAGAGAAUGUAAAAGUGAGAAGAAACUGAAUGUAGUCCAGGUUCAGUGUCAUCAGUCAACCUGCUGCCUUUGUGUUUAGACAACAACAUGAUGCAUCCUGGUGUUAAUAGUCCUUUUUUUUUAAAGUCUCAAAGAAGGGGACUAUUUAGCUGCCCGCCAUUUUCUUGUUAAAUUUCAGCUAAUCACCCCGAAUCCUCCUGUCGUCCUGUGUCUGUCUAUUUGAUCAGCUCCUUUUAAAUCAGGGAUGAUUCAUGAAUGGAAGGAGGGAAGAACAAGGGGGGGAUGAUGAAAGGCAUUGGGACACAUCCAGAGUCAAUAUGCUUCUUUUUUUUGUGUAGCCUUCAAAGUAAUGCAAUAGGGACAGAGAAAUGGAUAUGGAAAGAGUGAUCUCCCCUUUUUUCAUAUCAACUUCCCCGUCAUUGUGCUCUCGAAACUGGAGACUUGAAAACACGCUGCAGCUCCAGGCAUUUUGCCCGCAACUUCUUUUUCAGAGUCAGACUUGCAUUAGUCCGUGUUUUGGGCUCAAAACCAAUAUCUGGCUCUGCAUUAGUAGUUAAAGAAGGAAUAUGAAACCGAUUCUCUAUGUUGAGACUGUUUUUUAUUUCCAGUGUUCCAGUUUUGAGUGACCGUCAAGUCUUGAAGCAGUCCAAAAAAAAAAAACCUCAACAGUGUGUGAAAGACAAACUCAACCCUUUCACAGAAAUGAUUCCAGAAACUGAUGCUCUGAAGCUAUUCUCAAGUAUUUCAUGUCUCAUCACUAUGUAUAUCUGAUGUCUUAACAGCGUUUCCUUUGUGACAAUGAAGCAACCCAGGUGUCGCUACCAUCAUCCUUUUUUUUUUCUUUAUUUUAUUUUAUUUUUUUAAAGAUGUGUUAAAGAGAGUGUGAUAGAGACGUGUUUUUUGAAUUGGUGUGCAGUCUGUCUCUGGCUCUUUCUGUAUGCAUCUUUCUGGGUUUGUUUCUUAUGAUUGCAAAAAUGAAUCAUCAAGCCACCAAUUAAAAUAUUUCAUUUUUACAGACCUGA